CAAGCAAAACCUCAGAGGUUUAAGAAAAAUCUAGAAGACUUUGGUACAGUUGGUAGGUUCUCAUCACUUUUGCAAAUUACUAGUGUAUUACUAGCAGCUGUGCCUCUACAGUUUCUGCCUUUCUAGGUUUUUCACUUCUCCUUCUUCAGCGCUUAAACUACAACGAUGAGCCGCCAUCCACAAGUGAAGUGGGCCCAGAGACCAGAUGUGGUGUAUCUCACUGUGCAAUUACCUGAUGCUAAAAGUCCAAAGGUAAAUCUGGACCCUGAAGGAAUUUUUACCUUCUCUGCUACAGCUGGGCCGGAAAGCCAUGCAUACGAGUUGAAACUUGAGCUUUUUGAUAAAGUUAACGUUGAGGAGAGCAAAAUAAAUAUUGGCGUGAGAAAUAUCUUCUGCAUUUUGGAAAAAUCAGAGAAGAAAUGGUGGAAUAAAUUGUUGCGUGGAGAUGAGAAAGCACCGCAUUAUGUGAAAGUGGAUUGGGAUAAGUGGGUGGACGAAGAUGAUGACAAUGACACUGCUCCUCCUGGUGAUUUCGACAUGAAUUCGAUGGAUUUCUCGAAAUUCGGGGACAUGGGUGGCAUGGGACUGGGAGAUGAUGCAAUGGGGGAUGAUCUCGAUGACAGUGAUGAUGAAGGUAAUGAACAUGUAUAGACUGCCAGUGUAUGU